AUGAUCGGAACUGAUGCUUUGAAGGCUUACCGAUGCCUGAUUAGGGCGAUGGUUCGUAGUGACCGCAAAUCGCGUAUCGCGCAACGAAUGGAGCAAAGACGGAAGGAGAUUGCAAUGCUCACGUACAAGAGAAUGAAUGUUGUCAGGGCUCAGAACGCAGCUACUGAUAGUAUGCAAAAGACUAAGUUGUUUAAGGAAUUGCAAAUGCUGAAUAGACAGGUGGAUCUGUUGAAAAAUGAAAAGAUCGAGCACGAUAAGCGAUUGCAUUUCGUUGGCGAUACUUCUAUUCUCAGAGAGAAUUUGGUAGAACGCAGCGACGGCGAGAGGCCGCGACUGCUACAACAUCUUGAGGAUAUUGCGGCGUUCUUGAAUAACCAGAGGGAGUACGACGAGCUGAUCGAGCGUUACAAUGGUGGCUCGAAGUUGUCGCAGAGCGAAACCGUCAGAAGAACCGCCAGUAAAGUCGGUCUAGAGGUCCCCUUCUGA